AAAUUAGCCACGCACAUCUGGUGCGUUUUAGUAGGCCCCGUUAACCCGCGAGUCAACGCCGGCGACUCUUUCGAUCGUUCACACAGAAGUGGAUGCAAGUGCAUCCCCAAAUCACACCCUUGAACCCUAAAUUGAUUUGCAUUUCCCCACACUAAACCCGAUCCAUUCCCUGUAAUUUUCUCACAAAACACCUAGGAAUGAGUACUCCAUAUUUCUGAAUGGAAACCCUAACCCUACCCCCGGUCUGUUCAUCCCGAUCUUCCGAACCCGUCUUUCUGCAAAUCCAUUUCACCCUCUUCUUUUCCGGAGGAUGAUCCAUCAAUGCCCUGAAUCGUCUAUCGUUUUAUCACCACACUGUUUGUAUUUGUAAGCUCUUCCAAUUUCCCCCUUUUACGCUAACAGUAUUUUUCGUUUGCGUCACAUAAAAUUAGGGGGAAUUAACUGAAGUGUACUCAUACGAUGCUUGUAUUUUAGCAAUUUGUAAGUGUGUAGAUAUAUAGCAAUAUACUACUGGGGGUUGUAAUUAUUUGUAGAGUGUCAGUGUGUGUGCGAGUGUGUGUGUGUGUGUGUGCGCUGGGAAGAAAUGGGGAGCACGGAAGUAGAACCAGGAGUGAUUGAUUGUGGUGUUGGGAGUAUUGUUUGGGUUCGGAGGAGGAAUGGGUCAUGGUGGCCGGGUAAAAUUCUCCGGGCUGAUGAGCUUUCUGCUACUCAUGUGAUGUCUCCUCGAUCAGGAACUCCAGUAAAGCUUCUUGGGAGAGAAGAUGCCAGCGUGGAUUGGUAUAACUUGGAGAAGUCGAAGCGUGUGAAGGCUUUUAGAUGUGGAGAGUUUAGUGAUUGUAUUGAACGAGCUGAAGCUUCUCUAGGUAUGCCUCCCAAAAAAAGGGAGAAGUAUGCACGCCGUGAAGAUGCAAUACUUCAUGCUCUUGAACUUGAGAGGGAACUAGUAGUUAAAAAUCAUGGAAACAAAAGUUGUUCAUUGAAUACCAAGAUUAGUAAAACAUUCGUACAAUCUAAAAAUCAAGAUGGAGAACAGUUCCACUUGAAAUCCCAUCAAGCUUUCGAAAGAGAUGAUCCAACGCUCAAGGGUGGGAACAAAAUUGAUUUUUGCGGUGUAUAUAUAGCCCAAAUGCAAAACCAUCAAAUUAUGGACGACGAUCCCAGUGUACUUCAUAGGGUGAGAGGUUUGCAGAAUAAACAUCCUAUUUCUUCAAAUGGUGACCCCAAAGAUCCCUGUGAUAGCAAUUUUCUUAUUGAAGGGAGUCCCAGAAAUGAAGGCAUAGACAACGGAGAUAAAGAGAAUUUGUUAGCUGAGGAGGGAAUUCUUGUGGCGAAGCAUUACAAGCGCCGUCCUCUUGUUCAAGUAUUGCAGACUACUGAAAAGUUUCCAGUUUCUUCUUACCUCCAGCCUGAUGCGAGCUCUUCUUUUGUGUCUGUUUUUGAGGAAGGCCAAUAUGGAGUAGACCAUAUAAAAAAAGCAAGGUAUAUGUACCUAGCAGCAUCUGAAUCUGGAGAUAAUUUUGGUGGUAAGAAGAUUGAUCUCUCCUCUCUGACUCAUGAGAUAUCAACUGGUCAUCAGCAGGCAGUUUUAUGUGUAGAGAACACUUCUGUAUCUACACAAUACCCUGAAACUGAUUCUCCUGAGAAUGAUUCUCAAGAAUCAGUUACAGAUGAUGAUAUGGCUACACCCUCAGGAGGUGCCACUGAAUCUUUUGAAUUCCAACCUAAAUAUUUGGGAAGAUCUGAAGCACCACCAGGUAAACAUGGAAGCACACGAAGUCACGAACUUGAUGACAUUUCAGGAUCCGAUUCUCGUCGUUUACUUGAAGACAAGACUAUCACUGGCCUCAAUGCCGCUGUUCAGGUCUUGAAAUGGAAACUUAAAGGAAAAAGGAAUAAUCGGAAUCUUGUUAAGAGGUCUCUGGAUACAUUUGAUACGAAUCGUUUCAGAACAGCCUCUUACAUGACUAGUAGAUCUACCUCAUGUGGUGGUGGCGGUGAUGGAAGCAAAGAUACAUCAUUCUUAAAAAACUUAAAGGCACCAAUAAUUGAUCGGGACUUCAUUAAUGGGACAACAUUGGUAGAUGUGGAUUUGAAAAUGCAAGGAAGUCACCAUGGGCAGCGAGUGCCCAUGAUUUUGUUAAUGAGUAAGGUAAAUAGUGGAUUGGCAAUAGUUGGGCACCCCAUCCAAGUUGAAGCUCUUGAGGAGAGUGUGACUUUCGAAAGCUUCUCAGGCGCAUCUGAUGUUUCUCCUGAAUCACUUCAACCUGUAUGGAGGACUGCUCGAAGGACAUCCAGUACUCGAGUUCCACGGCCUCAUUUUUUAAUAUCAUCAGGGUUGGAUGGUGCUGAAAAUGCCAAACCACCUCUAACCAGUCCGUCAAAUUGUUUUGGACAAAAAAAGAGCCUGACAAGGAAGAACAUUCCUCACCUUGCUCCUGUAGCAAAGAUAUUCUCUAGAAAGGCACGUAAAAGAAUCAGCUUGUCUUCUUCUAAUCAUCAGAAGAAGAUAAAAACUCUUUCAUCCCUUUCUUCCACACAGAAGCAGAGCAGCACUGAUCCGAAACAUAUAUUUCAAGAGGAUGGGCUAAUGAGACCAGAUAACGUGUCCACUAUUGUUGCUUGUAUUCCAGUGAAGCUAGUAUUCAGUCGCUUAAAUGAGGAGUUUGUGGGUCGGUCCAAAUAAGGACACUGCCCGCCAUAAAGUCAAGAUACUAAUAAUUGCAGUAGCUGUAACUAUUGUUACCAAUGAGCAAUAAUAUAUAUAUAUAUAUAUAACUGAUUAUAAUGCACCACCAUUCAUCUAUUUCUGGGUGUUUUUAAUCCAGGUAGUGUGUGAUGUGUAAUUUGUGCUUAUCAUUUGUGAACAGUUUGAGAGCCAGCUGUUGCUGCUAGGUUCGAAGAACAUAUACAGGAACUUUGCAUGGAUUAUUAUUCGCUCACAUGUACAUGGAUGAGUUUGUAGUUCUGUUGUUGUAUUGUCUACAGUUAUGAACACGAUACAUUAUUAGGUAGUUGUACUUAAGACCUAUAGAUAAAUGUAGAGGUGAUUUGUAUUUCAGAUAAAUCUACUGUGUAGACAGACUGCUUUUGCUUGAACUUGAUCUGAAUCCUAUCUUGUGUAGUUGACUUUCUUCAGCAGGUCUUGC